UGAGAUUGGUAAGAAGCCUGAACAUGUUGAUCCAUCAUUAUUCGAAUAUAAGCAAGGUGAUUUGUUGAAUGGGUAUAUUAAGAUCAGAAACACGUCGGACAAACCUAUACCAUUUGAUAUGUUUUAUUUGUUAUUUGAAGGUAAUUUCAUGAUUGCCAACAAGAAUGACAAGCUGGAUAGACGUCCAGUCCGGAUCCGAAAAUUCUUGGAAAUGUUCGAUUUUUACGGAAGUUGGAACGAAGCACAUAUUAACAGGUUGGUCACUGAUUUUGGUAACCCUUACGAAUGCCCUAAUAUUUUUGAUCCUAUUGAUGGCACUUUCCUAGCAUUUGGAGACAAGAAAACAAUUUUUCCCAAUAAGGUUUAUAAACGGAUUUUCACAUUCAGGAUUCCAAACAAUUUGUUAGAUUCUGAAUGUAACGAACAUAACUUGUCCAAACACGUUGAAUUACCUCCUACAAUCGGUAUGUCUCGUUGGGAGUUGGCUCAUUUCCCCGACAGAGAACAUAAUAAAAUCAAAGAUUUUUCAUUGUUGGAUACUUCGAUAAGUUAUGGGGUCAUGGCGAGAUUUAUUGGUAAAAAAUCCACAUGGGAAAAGGAUUUCGGUAAGAUUAAUACCAGUGCAUAUUCAAUCGACAAGAGAUUAAUUAACUCCAAGGGUGAUGAAUAUACUAUUUUAAAGGAAUUGACGAAUUAUGUGCGUGUGGUUCAAAGAACUAGGAUUCCUACUGAUAAUGAAAGAUUGAUGAAGUUGUUGGAAAAUAAAUUAAUGUAUAACAACUUGAUCAGCCGAGUUAAAGAGAAGAUUGAAGCUGGUAAGCAAAUGAUAAAAUCAAUUGAAAACAAUGAAUUCAAUGCUACUGUAGAUAUCGGUAGGCAAUUGACAGAAACAGAAAUAGAGUUGGCAAAAUGCAAACAAGCAUAUAGACGUGAUGCGUACCGUGAUAUUAAAGCAAAGAAGAUUGUGGAGAAGUAUGAUAUAUUUUUACCACUCAUGAAAAACUCUAUAACUGGCACCAAGAAUAUUGGCACCUUAAACUUGUCUACUCCAAAACAAGAAUAUUGUGUGUGUUAUAUCCCUCCAUCUAGAUUUAGAGAAAAGCCGAUAGAUGAUAUAGUCCCUUCAUGGAAAUUUGAUAUUCCCUUGGACUUGUCUGUUUCGUUUCCCUUGGGAAGCAAGAAUUCCACUCCUCCUUCCAUCAAGAUGAUUUCGGCUGAAUUAGCAGUACUGACUAUUCGUUCUCGUCGAUUACCUAUCCCUAUUGAAUUCAACCAUGAUUUAAUAUAUAACAAGCAAAUUGAAAAUAACAGAGGAUUCAAGGAUGAAGAUACAUUCCAAAACAAUAUUAUCAUACCUUUCCAAAAACUUUCUACUGAGUUGUACACUUUAUGUAAGACUUUAGGAGCUGAUAAUUUCAAAGUAGAGAAACGAUUGGUUGAUGAUUUAAAGGCAAUAUGUGAAUUGGAAGAAAAGAAACUUAACUUGAAUGUUUCAGAUAUGAAAAUUAAUAAUGCGAAAUUCAAUUCUAAACUAAUUAAAUGGGAUAUUAAAGAUAAUACUGCUAAAACUUCUAUAAACGUUGGUGUUAAUUUAGAAAGUUUGGUUCUUAAAGGAUUUGAAGGAAGCCCAACUUUAAUGAAAUCUUAUGAUCGUUUCAAUUUGGUUCCAGAUUUCCAAUCUUGCUUUAUGAGUAGAUUAUACCAUAUCAAAGUGACAAUAUUAUUGUCAAACAACGAUUAUGUCAGGAUUAAAGUUCCGGUUAGAAUCCAAAAAAUUACCACUUAGCGAGGCUAGACCUCUUGUAUUUAGUUAUUUCCUUUUACCUUAAUAUGCAUAAUAAAUUUUAAUUAUAGAAUCGGAUUUUUCUUAUUGCCACAGCAAGCAAAGAACUAACCCGAAAGUUCCCUGCAGGUCAAAGAUCCCUUCAGCAGUAAUUUCAGUUUACUUAUUAUACACUUUUAGCUGAAUCUACUAAAUGCAUCUCGAACUGAAGCACUAAAAAAAAAUCGGCCGAACAUUUUAUCAAUCGGAUAUGUGUCGGAUCCUGAGGCUAUGAAAUAGAACAUUCCAAAGGGUCCGCCGCUUAGAAAUUAAAUCGUACUUCAAAACAAUAUUAUCUAUUAUGUAAACAACAAUAUAACUGAAAUUUCUACAAGCAAAUGUCAUACGCUAAGAUAGGAAGUGUGCAUGAUUUUGUACACCCUCGCCCCCCACGUAAGCCUUCCCCGCGAGGCAAUUUAAAAUUCAUC